AUGAACAUUCCAGCUCAGAAAGCGUCUGACCCAUCUCCCACUUGUCAUUCCUUUACCCAUCCAGAGAUGCGGGGCCUAUUACAUAGAAGGUCCCAUCUCCGUUGUUUGUACCUGCUAGGAGAAGAAGGUCUCGCGGCCUGUCGUUACAAGUCACUGGAGCAUGGACGCAUGGUAAACACAAGGUACGGUACCAUGAUGGCUGAGGCCCCAUCCAUGCCGCUGCGUCCUCCUCCUAAAUCCCAAUAUUCUUCUCACAUAAUAUUUUCCUUCGCUGGCUACUUGGCCUUUUCAUUUUCAAGGGCUAAAGUUUCUAACGAGGAGCAGAUGAAUCCAUCCACUUUUGCUGACGCAAACGUAACGUCACUGAACCCCACUACUUCAAAGUUAAACCCAAAACGUGUGCAACCAAGUGAACUCAAUCGUCCAUCGAAAAUUCCAGUUGUUAAUACCAGUAAGAAAGUGGGCACUGGAGCAUGGGGGAUCCCGCUUAGGAUUGAUUCAUUUCAGUCCUCAAGUGAUGCAAGCUUGUUUUCCUGCUCAUUGCCUGUCCUUCCACAUGAAAAGUUGAACUUUAAUGAUUCAGAGAAUUAUGGACGAUCUAUUGACGAUAGCCCCCCUAACUUGAAUAAACUUGACCUUGAAACUGAGGUUACAGAUCUAUUCGAAGACGUUGAACCAAAUGCAAUUGGAAAUUUGCUUCCUGAUGAUGAUGAGCUUCUUGCUGGCAUAAUGGAUGAUUUCGACCUUAGUGGGUUGCCUAGUCAACUGGAGGAUUUGGAAGAAUGUGAUCUCUUUGGUCCUGGAGGGGGAUGGAGUUAG